ACAAAAAACAAAAAAAUAUUCAUCUGAUCAUAUAUCUCUCUCUCUCUCUCUCUCUCUCUGCGAUGACUGUUAGUGUUACCAAUGAUGAAUUUCUCAGUGUAGACGAAUAAUGAAUUGAGUUUACAUUUUUCAUUCUCUAACGUUUACAACUUUGCAUUUACACUGGUUAAUUGGCUAAUAACCACUAUCACACUUCCAAUUUACUCAGUGCUUCAUGCUUAAUUUCUAUUCUAUUCUGAUACCUAAAAAUUUCUAAGCGCCAAACUCGAAUUGUGAUAUAAGCUUGUCGGAGGAAUAGCUCCAAUAUCUUGAGAUAAGAUGCCGAGAAUGGAAGACAUUCUAAACCUUCCAGUUCAAGAUCCCCCAUGUGCUGAGUUCUCUGCUGCUCACAUAAAUUGGGUGAAAUUAGAGGGUGGUCGCCAAGGGGGUGAUGAUAUUGCUCUGAUUCCUUUUGUCAGAGUGGAUGGUUUUGUGAAAGGGGAGUCUUCAAAUCCAGAAUGUCCUGCUAGCUUCCGUGUAGAAUCAAGGAGGAAGAGACCUGAGGGGAGUGUCACUAAACCAAGGGUUGACGGCUAUCUUGAAUAUACCUUGUACUGGUGUUCUUAUGGUCCUGAGGACUAUCGAGAAGGUGACUCGUGCAUAGGAGAUAGCAAAAGUACCAAGCCUGCUUCAGGGAAGGGAAGCAGACCAGGGAGGCGUCAUAUGAUGAGAGGUUGCCUUUGCCAUUUCACUGUUAAAAGAUUAUAUACACGCCCUCUUCUUGCUCUAAUAAUAUACAACCAAAGAAGGCAUGUAGACAAAACAGGGGCACCGUGUCAUGGAAUACUUGAUAGGGAUGCAAUAGGAACAAGAGCUAUGUAUGCUCCACGCAUUUCCGAUGAGUUACGCCAGAAAGUGAUGUCUAUGCUUUAUGUUGGGAUAUCUCUUGAUAACAUAAUACAGCACCAUGUAGAGGUUAUGCAGAAGCAAGGUGGACCCCAAAACCGUGAUGAUUUUCUCACUCGAAAUGAUGUGCGCAACAUGGAACGGAGUAUCCGUAAUUCUUCACAUGAAUUGCAGGAAAACGAUGAAUGCAGUGUAAAGAUAUGGGUCCAACGCCAUCAGAAGCAUGUUUUCUAUUACCAAGAUAACUCAGGUUCACAAUCAUUUGUUUUGGGCAUACAGACAGAUUGGCAGCUGCAACAGAUGAUUCGUUAUGGAAAUAAGAGUUUCAUUUCUUUUCAUUCAACAUUUGGCUUGAAGAAGCUUAAGUAUCCAGUGUGUUCGUUACUUGUUUUUGGUUCAUCUCAAAAUGCAAUUCCCGUUGCUUGGAUAAUCACCUCAUCCUUUGUCGGAAAAGACAUACAUAAAUGGAUUGCAUUGCUAUCUGAAAAGAUACGAGCCAAGGAUCCUAGAUGGAGGCCUAGUGCUGUUAUACUGGAUGAUCCAUCUUUUGACUAUAAUAGCAUAAGAGAGGCAUUCCAGUGUCGCAUCUUGUUAUGUGCCUGGCAUGUUCGCCGUUCUUGGAUCAAAAAGCUUUUUAAGACAUGUUGCAACUUUGAGGUGCAAAGGGAGAUGUUACGGCACCUUGGAUGGAUUCUUUACUGUACAAGAUGUGGACCAAAUGCUAUGGAUGCACUUGAAGAGUUUAUGCAAAUUUUUGUUGAUCAAUGUUCUUUCAUGGAGUAUUUCAAGAGCAAGUGGCUACCAAGUAUAGAUAUGUGGAUUAAUGGCAUAAAGUCACUACCGUUGACAAUGCCCGAGUCACUUGCUGCAAUAGAAUCAUAUCACAUAAAAUUGAAAUCCACACUUUUGAAAGAGAAUAAUGCUAAUUUCUGGCCAAGACUUGACUGGUUAAUCCACACUUUAACUACUGGAUUUCUCUCCUUGUAUUGGCUAGACCAAUACAGUUUAGAUACUGGCUAUUUUGCGAAUCUACAAGACAAAUCUUUAUCUGCCAAUGCUUGGUAUCACGCUCUCAAUAUUCCAGAUGUUGAUGUGAUACUGGAUGAGCAAAAUCUCCGUCAUGCAAAAGUUCUUUCUCAGACUGACAGAAACUUGGUGUAUACAGUUUGGAAUCCUGGCUUAGAAUUUUCACUUUGUGAUUGUUCUUGGUCUAGGCUGGGAAACCUUUGUAAACAUGUAAUCAAGGUGGCAACUUUCUGUAGAAGUCGGCAGGUUACAAGGCCGUUGUUGUCUGCUCAAGUUUAUAAACAGGCUUUGCUCACCCUUCUCCAUAAUCCACCAGAUGAUCCUUUAGUCCUUGAUCAUACCGUUCUACAUGUGGCUCGUUUGCAACAAGACAUUAAAGCCUUGGAAGAAUUGUCAAAUAGUGGAUUGCUCCAGCCUUUAGCCUCCGAUUUAAGUUCUCAAAUGGCCGUAAAUCCUCUCCUUUUUCAGCAUCAACAUUGAUUGCCGGUGUUUUUGAAUGGAAUGAUAACUGGAUUUACUCCAGCCAAAGCUGUUGAUUUAAUUUAUCAAAUGGCUACAAGUCCUCCCACUUUGCAGUAGCUGCACUGAUUGGCAUGUUUUGAAAGAAGAUUGAUUGUGUUUGGGUUAAAGCUCAUUCUCAUGCUUCUUUAAUCAAGGGUAAUACUAUGGUGAGGAGUGAAGUUUUGAUGAAGAGUGAAGAUAACUUUUUUUAAUAAAGAAAAAGACCACACAAAAAAAUUAUCAUGCGCAAUGCACAUGUUCUUUAUAAAUUUAGUAAAAAUCUUUACCCUUCAUCCAAUUCUACUCUUCACCAAAGAAAUUCUCUUUAAUCAAUCUUACUUCAUGAUCCUUGAGCAGUCAUUUGCUAGAGCAGAAAAGAAUAUAUAUUCCCUGCUGAGGUUCAACAACUGCAGAAGGGGGGUGGAGAUAACCUAUGGUUAAGGUUGUGUUUGUGAGUUGUGAUUUUGGAGGAAAACAAGGGGUUUCAAGAGUAACUAGGAGUCCUUUUCACUCGUCAAACCCUUCAUUUCCUUCCCGUCGCACACACGAACACAUCCUUAAGCGAAAGAACUCUAGGUUGCCAAGAUAAAUGAGAGGGGAAGGAACAAAAGGGUCCAGAGGCACGAAAUGCAUUGAGACUUUCAUUUUGUCUUUGUGUUCCCUUGGGCUCUGGCGGUAGUGAUUGGGAUUUUGAUCCAUUAUUUUCUAUAUCACCAUAUUGCAUCAGGAAAUUUAGAUGGGGAAUGUUUGGCAUGGGGAGUGGUCUUCCAGAAACAAGAAAUAGCAUGGAAAAUAAUAUCAACAAUGUCAAGACUCAGUGAUCACUGGCCAGGAUACUAGUAAAAUAAUAUGUUAAGAGCACUGCUCCAUUUUUUCAUUGGUCACUACUUUGAUCUAACCUUUUCAACAAUAAGGACAUUCAUACAAUCAUAUCAUGUAAUUGAUAGCAUUGUUAACCCUUAGGAAUGUUAGUGUUGCAAGUGUGAGGAGUGUUGAAGUUAGUCCCACAUCAAAGAAAGCAUGGAAGAGUGAGGAGUUUAUAAGAUGAGAGACUCAUUAACUUGAAACCUUAAGGUUUUGAGUUGGAUGUGGUGUCUUCUCAUCUUAUGUUUCUAUCGCUUGUCGAGAGCUCUCCACGGUUGGCGUAGCCAUAUUGUUAGAUAAGAUAAUAGUUAGAAGCAGGAAAUUAAUAUACAAUAACAUAUUCAAAGAAUCUUAAUAUACAAUGAUUAACGUUUUAUUUUUUUAUUA